GACAGGCAGCUGGGUCUGGGUGUGUUUUUCUUCGAUUGUGUCAUCUGAUCGCAUGGUAGGCAGAGAUUUUGGGUAUCCGUCCUGUGCGUUCGUUCUAGUUCAAACAUUCGAGGACCGCGAUGUCUUCAGAAAAGUUCGAGGACCUCGAAGAGGACUUCGUUUCGCUUAUGGACGACAUACGACGCAAAUUGGAGAACGCCAAGGGACGCGGUGGCAUCGGCGAGAACAAGAAGUCCCUGCUUCGCGAAGUGCAGCGCAAAGUGGACCAAGCCAGCAGCGUAUUGCAAGAGCUAGAACAAGAAGCUAGGGCGGCGCCAAACCCUUACCGCGUGCACAUGAAUUCCAAGACGCGAAAGUAUCGCGCGGAAUUGGAUGACGUGAACAAGACCGCAACAUCGCUGGCCGGCGGUAUCGCGCACGUCACCAUUGCGAGACAAGACCUGUUGAGUCCGUCCAGUGUUCUCGGCGAUUUCGGUGCAGGCGACCCUCAGCGGAGCAGACUUUUGCAGAUGAACGAAACGCUAGACAGAACGACAGACAGUCUGGCAAGAACUUUCCAAGUGGCUGCCGAAACCGACCAAAUCGGGACAGCAGUGGCGGAGGAACUUCGCACUCAGAGGGAGUCUUUAGUGCGCACGAAAGAGCGGCUAGAAGAGACCGAUCAAAACCUCACCACGACCCGCAAAAUACUGCGCACCAUGUACAGACGUGUCAUGACCAACAAAAUGAUCCUUAUCAUGAUUAUCGUUAUCGAGAUUUGUAUCCUGGGGGCCCUGAUCUACUGGAAGUUUAUCAUGAAGUGAAAGUGUUCGUGUGAA